AAUCAGAAGAAUCAGAAGAAGAAGAAGAUGGGUUCUUCUUCUUUUUCUGAUCACUCUGCAAAUUUGAAGCUAAAAUGGAGUUUUAGAAAGACAAAUCUUCUGUUAACUCAUAAGCUUUCUAAAUCUGUUGGCUCCAUUCAUACCAUUGAAGCUCUCAAGCAUGUAGCCAUGGCAGAUCAGAAGAAGCCACCAUCGAGUGCUCGAAACGCUGCUGCUACGACGAUCCAAUCCGUGUAUCGGUCUCAUUUGGCAAGGAAGGCAUUGCAUGCUUUAAGAGCACUGGUUAAGAUACAAGCACUUGUGAGAGGCUAUCUUGUGAGGAAACAAACAGCUGCUACCUUAAAGAGCCUGCAAGCUUUGAUGGCAAUCCAAGUUCGAGCUCGGGUGAGUCGGAUCCAGCUGCUUGAGGACGAGGAAGAGCUUCUCGAAAGGAGGCGACGUAAGCGUAUCGUUGACACCAAUCUCGAAGAAGUAUACAAAGUAAAUUCCAUGAUUCAUCUCGUCGCAGUUUCUAGUUACCUGUUUGAUUACUCACUCACUUUGUUUACUG